CAAAAACCAGCGCGAUGUCCGGACCUGAGGAGCGGGCUCUCCUGGAGCUGAACCUGCGGAGGGAGACGUGGUGUCAGGUGGAGGGACACCCCCGGCAGUCCUGGGAGAGGACCGAGAGGCGACACUACCGGAAACACCUGCGAACCAGCCCGGUCCUCCUCACCGCUCUGACCGCCGCCGGACCGCAGCAGCGCCGGGCGGCCUGCACCGAGCCGCCGCCUCCCGCCAAACUUCCGGAGAGACGACACUUCGAGGAGAGCUAUGAAUCUCACCUGGUGUAGACGGCUGCAGCCUGACAAACAUGAACCUGAACACACCACAACUUUCAGUAGUUUAUUAUUUCCAC